AUGGCGACGACUACUCAGAUUAAGAUUGAUCAUUUUAAUUCUUCUCAGAUAACCCUGGAUCUUUGGCUUAGUUUAUUAGAAGCUAAUUUUAGUAAUCUUGGAAUUGAGGAAGAUAUGAAAAAGAAAAAUGUUUUGCUAGUGUUAAUUGGAACUGAUGUUUUUAGUGCACUGGGUAGUUUGUGUGCUCCUGAUUUACCCCAUACAAAGACUUAUGAUGACCUUGUAGCUGUAUUGAAAUCACAUUACAUUGUGAAACCUUAUUAUCAUCGUAGCCUAAUAGCUUUUCAACAAAGAAAAAAAAGGAGGGAUGAGACAGUGAAUAGUUUGUAUGCUGACCUUAAGGCUUUAGCAAAAGAUUGCAAUUUUGGUAAUCAUUUCGAUUCAAGAGACAGAGAUCAGUUGUUUAUGGCAGUGGACAAUGAAGUAUAUUUCCCCAAUUUAGUUGCUUUGUAUAUUGAUCUCCAAGCUAUGACCUCUAGUGCAGUUUUAGAAAGAAUUUUGAACAUGGAAAAAGUUUUUGUGUUUAAGAGGAACGAAUCACAGCCACAGGUAAAGGCUUCCAAUAGUAGGGCUGAAGGUAAGAAGGCUGUAGAAACUAUUGGUGAUUAUGAGGACAACAUUGAUGAUAGAUUGUUAAUGGUUAAAGGAAAGGUUUUUGCUCUUAAUUCUGAUGAAUUUUAUUUUAGUAUUAAUCAUAAUUUAGUUCCAUUUGAGAUUGACAGUGGCGCUGCUGUGUCCACUAUAACCAAAGACACAAAGGUCUCUCAGGUAUUUUAUGUUGUUGAUUCUUGUAAUACAAAUUUGUGUGGUAAAGAUUCAAUGCAGCAAGUAGGUAUUUAUCUGGCUGGAAUAGAUGAAGGUACUAGAGUAAUAAAGGUUGCUAAAGUGAGUGCAGAAAAGCUGCUAGAUAAUGACUUGGUAGAUUCAAGUAAACCUAUUACUGGUAUUUUGGCUAAGAUUCAUUUAAAAGGUAAUGCUACCCCAAAGUUUAUGAAAGCACGUACAGUUCCUUUUUAUUACAUGAGAAUGAUUGAAGUUGCCUUAGAUAAGCUAGUAGCAGAUGAAAUGAUGGAACCCAUAUCACAUAGUGAAUGGGUAGUUCCUGUUGUACCUGUAUUGAAAGAAAAUAAGGUUGAAAUGAGGAUUUGUGGAGAUUUUAAAGUUUUGAAUAAACAAAUUCAUUUUGACAGGUUGCCGUUACCAAAGAUAGAGGAAUUGUUAUCUGUUGUUGGUUAG